AUGCACUUUUCCUUUAUUUUGUUUCCCAUAUUUUCAUUCCAAAUGACUCUCUACUAUGAGGCCUUUACAGAUCCUUCAUUUGUCACGAGUGAAGGUAUUCAGAAGUAUUUUAACUUUAGACUGGACUAUAACAAAUGCCUUAAGUACUUAUUCUGAUUGCUCUGGAACAAGAAUUUUAGGAGGAUACAAUGCCUUCGGAAAUUAAGCCAAAGCUAUCAAAUUACUCUAAUUGCCUCCUCAUUAUAUGAUAUAUAUAACUAUGUAAUUCUGGAAGUAUAAUACUUUUUGUAUAUAGAAUUGAUUCUUGGGAUGGGGAAUUUCUAUAUAUGUACUUGGAUGGAACAUUAAGUUAUAUAGCCUAAUACAGUAUAGGAGGGGUAUAAUAAUGCGGUGGAUCAUGGGGCGAAGAUAUAUAUAGUUUAACAAUUACACAACCUCACGUGUUUUAGUCAGUAUUAAUCCUAAUAACAACAAAUCUUAACUCCAUCCCAAGUGAUGUAAUUUUAUAAAAAUAUAAGAGGAAUCUUGGGGCUUUAGAGAUUUUAAACUCUAUCUUGAUUUAUGCCCUCUUGGAUGUAUAUCUUGUUAAGCUAAGGAUUCAAUCCUGGAAUGCAGAUCAUGGACUCUCGUCGGUUCAGCAUUUCUAUCAGACUAGUUGUCGUCCUUUAAAACAGAAGGAUGGUCAAUAAUAAAUGGAAUACAAGAUACUACAGUUUGCUCUAGUAAUAUUAUAGUUCUAAAUAGGUAUUCCUAUUUUUGGUGGGUAUGGUAAAUGUGGUGCUUCAUCAAUAAUCACUGCAACUAUUAAUAUGCCCUAGCACUAUUUGAUUAAAAUUCGAUUUAGGAUUGCUUAUAUGGAUUCAUGGGAUAGUGAAAAACUUUACUUUUACAUUGAUGGCAAUUUAAUAUUUUAAAAAACUCAUUAAUUUAAUGCAGGUGGAUUUAGAAGUUAUUGUGGUUCUGCUACUUAUGAUGAUUACCUCCCAAAUUAUGAAGUAAUAAUGUUUCACAGAAAGGAAAGUUUGGUUAUAACUUUUACUUCAACACUUAGCGAAGGGUUUACAAAUGAAUCACUUGGAAUUAGAGACUUUGAAAUUUUUACAUGUAAUAUAUUGUAUUGAAUUAUAAGAUGAUUGGGAGGAAUGUGGUAAUGGAAUGACAGACAUACAUGAAUAAUGCGAUGAUGGUAAUAUUUAUGCAUUUGAUGGAUGUUUUAAUUGUGAGUAUUCUUGUGUAGAGGGAUGUUCAAAUUGUAUUGAUGGAAUAUGUUUUGAAUGUGAUAAUGGAUGGAUAUUCAAUGCAGAUUUUAAUACAUGUAUUGCUAUUGUAGAUGAUACUGAAUUUUAAAUUUGGGAAGAAUGUGAUGAUACAUUAUAAUAUGAGAUUUGUUUAAAUGGAAAAUUCAUUUGUCCAUCAAAUUGUAAAUUGUGUUAAUUUGGUAUUUGUUUAUAAUGUAAAUCAAAUUAUCAAUUAAUUAAUAAUAAAUGUGAACCUAUUUGUUAAAAUUAAUUAAUACUUAAUGAUAUCUAAUGUACUGAUUAUAAUCUUGAACCAUUUGAUAAAUGUCAUUAAUGUUAUUAUGAUCUACCUUAAGGUUGUUAAUUAUAAUCAAAUGGAUUUUGUAUCCAAUGUUUAAAUGGGUGGAUAUUAGAUAAAAAUUAAAAUAUUUGUAUUCCAAUUUGUGGAGAUCUUGUUAUUUUAGGUAAUGAAUAAUGUGAUAUUAAUAAAUAUACAAAAUCAUCAUUUGGAUGUAAUUAAUGUGAAUUUGAUUGUUAAGAUGAAUGUAUUAAUUGUGUAUUUGGAAAAUGUUAUGAUUGUAUUCCAGGAUGGAAAUUAAAAAAUUAUUAUUGUGAAUCUGAUUGUGGAAAUAAUUCAAUUUAAGGUUAAGAAGAAUGUGAUGAUAUGAAUUCUAUUAGAUUUGAUGGAUGUAAUAAUUGUAGAAAUGAUUGUUAAAGAGAAUGUUCUUAUUGUUAAAGAGGAAUCUGUUUAGAUUGCAUUUACGGUUGGCAUUUGACUGAUCAUUUCAUUUGUGAAUCUCAAUGUGGAGAUAAUUUAAUUGCAUUAAUAUCAUAUGAAGAAUGUGAAGAUUCUAAUUAUGAUUAAUUUGAUGGAUGUUAUUAAUGCAAAAUGGAAUGCUGUCAUUAUUGUGAUGUUUGUGUUUAUGGAUAUUGUUAUGAUUGUUAAUAUACAUUUACAUUAAUUGAUUAAUAUUGUAUUCCUGUUUGUGGAGAUGGACUCAUUAGUGUUGAAUAUGAAUAAUGUGAUGAUAUGAAUGACAUACCCUAUGAUGGUUGUUAUAAUUGCAAUUACUAAUGUAGAGAACACUGUAAAUUAUGUAUUAAAGGAAUAUGUUAAGAUAAAUGUGAUUAUGGAUACUAUGAAGUAGAUUAUGAAUGCAUUCCAAUAUGCGGAGAUGGUAUCGUUGUUGAAUAAGAAGAUUGUGAUGAUCAAAAUGAUAUUUAAUCUGAUGGAUGUUUUAAAUGUAAAUUUCAUUGUCCAGAUCAUUGUGAAAUAUGUUAAUAAGGACUAUGUAAAUUAUGCGAAUAAGGUUUUGAAUUAAAUCGUAUACUAAAUUAAUGUCUUGCAUUUUGUGGUAAUGGUAUGGUUUCAAAGGAAGAAGAAUGUGAUGAUAUGAAUAAAGAAGAUGGAGAUGGAUGUUCAAGAUUUUGUAGGAUUGAAAGCGAUUAUCAAUGCAGAAAUUACGAAUUAAGUUUUUCAUAAUGUACUUAUUCUAAACAACCAAGAUUCUAUCUUUAAUUUAAAGAAGAAAGAGAUUAAAAAUAAUAUGUUUCAUUGUUAUUUACUUAAUAAGUUAAGUAUUAAAAUUAAGAUUUUUAUUCUAAAUACAUCUAAAUGAAUCUUAUAGAUAUAGACAUUAAUGUCUAUUAGUUGAAUUUAAUUAUUAUUUAAGAACCAGUUGAAUAUCCAACAAAUGUUGAAUACAUGGUAGAAAUUUAAAUAAAUUAAACUUUAUCUAAACGUCCUUACUUAGAAGUAACUUUAGAUGAAUAAUUAUAUAAUUCAGAAGAUAAUACACUUUAUAAUCAAUAUGAUAAAAUAUAACUAAAUCAGCCUAAGUAUAUGGAUGAUUAAAAAUAAGAAGCAGCUGCUACUUUAAAUCAAGCAAGUAAAUAUUUAAUGAAUUCUAUUGGAGGAAUUGGCAUACUUGCUUUUUUUCUAGGAAAUUCAUUUAUUUUCUCUAGUAUUCUGGAAGUAUUACAACAAUAAUCUUAUUUAAGAUUUAUUAAUGUUGUAUUUCCUUUUAAUUUGUUUAUCUACUUUGAAGCAAGUAACAUAAUAACCAUAUAACCUAUUUUAUAAUUCUUUAAGGUUGAUUCCAUUAUGGCACCAACAUUUGAUACAAUAUACAUAGAAUCUUAUGAAAAAUUAAAAUUUUAUGAAAUUAAUGCUGAUCUAUUAACUAACAUUUAAACUUAAAUAUUUCUCAUUAUUGUCUUAAUUAUCAUUUAUUAUUCUUGUGCCUUACUUAUAAUUAUAAUAGAUUCAAUCAAAGUAGAAUUAUUACUUUUGCUUGGUAAAUUUGGAUAUAAAUUACUGAUUUAAGUUAAAAGAGUGUGUUGGAUUUAUUAGAAAGAAUUUAGAAAGGAUGGGCUUAAGGCAUUUCUAAUAGCAAAUUGUUGGGAUCUUUUUUUUACUUGUUUUUUAUAAUUAAAAUCAUCAUAAUCAUAUACUACAUUCAGAUCCAUAAUUUGUUUAAUCUUCGCGUAUGUAAUAUUUUAUGGAUCUUUGUUAAUACUUAGAUAAUAUAUUUAUAAGAAUGAAUUAAUCAAACAAAAUUGUUUUAGUUAUUGGAUUUCAAAAAUCGAUUUAUUUUUCACCUUAAAAAAAUUAGUUUUCAUUUUCAUUUUAGUAUGCUUUCAAAAAAAUGAGUAANAUGUGAUGAUAUGAAUUCUAUUAGAUUUGAUGGAUGUAAUAAUUGUAGAAAUGAUUGUUAAAGAGAAUGUUCUUAUUGUUAAAGAGGAAUCUGUUUAGAUUGCAUUUACGGUUGGCAUUUGACUGAUCAUUUCAUUUGUGAAUCUCAAUGUGGAGAUAAUUUAAUUGCAUUAAUAUCAUAUGAAGAAUGUGAAGAUUCUAAUUAUGAUUAAUUUGAUGGAUGUUAUUAAUGCAAAAUGGAAUGCUGUCAUUAUUGUGAUGUUUGUGUUUAUGGAUAUUGUUAUGAUUGUUAAUAUACAUUUACAUUAAUUGAUUAAUAUUGUAUUCCUGUUUGUGGAGAUGGACUCAUUAGUGUUGAAUAUGAAUAAUGUGAUGAUAUGAAUGACAUACCCUAUGAUGGUUGUUAUAAUUGCAAUUACUAAUGUAGAGAACACUGUAAAUUAUGUAUUAAAGGAAUAUGUUAAGAUAAAUGUGAUUAUGGAUACUAUGAAGUAGAUUAUGAAUGCAUUCCAAUAUGCGGAGAUGGUAUCGUUGUUGAAUAAGAAGAUUGUGAUGAUCAAAAUGAUAUUUAAUCUGAUGGAUGUUUUAAAUGUAAAUUUCAUUGUCCAGAUCAUUGUGAAAUAUGUUAAUAAGGACUAUGUAAAUUAUGCGAAUAAGGUUUUGAAUUAAAUCGUAUACUAAAUUAAUGUCUUGCAUUUUGUGGUAAUGGUAUGGUUUCAAAGGAAGAAGAAUGUGAUGAUAUGAAUAAAGAAGAUGGAGAUGGAUGUUCAAGAUUUUGUAGGAUUGAAAGCGAUUAUCAAUGCAGAAAUUACGAAUUAAGUUUUUCAUAAUGUACUUAUUCUAAACAACCAAGAUUCUAUCUUUAAUUUAAAGAAGAAAGAGAUUAAAAAUAAUAUGUUUCAUUGUUAUUUACUUAAUAAGUUAAGUAUUAAAAUUAAGAUUUUUAUUCUAAAUACAUCUAAAUGAAUCUUAUAGAUAUAGACAUUAAUGUCUAUUAGUUGAAUUUAAUUAUUAUUUAAGAACCAGUUGAAUAUCCAACAAAUGUUGAAUACAUGGUAGAAAUUUAAAUAAAUUAAACUUUAUCUAAACGUCCUUACUUAGAAGUAACUUUAGAUGAAUAAUUAUAUAAUUCAGAAGAUAAUACACUUUAUAAUCAAUAUGAUAAAAUAUAACUAAAUCAGCCUAAGUAUAUGGAUGAUUAAAAAUAAGAAGCAGCUGCUACUUUAAAUCAAGCAAGUAAAUAUUUAAUGAAUUCUAUUGGAGGAAUUGGCAUACUUGCUUUUUUUCUAGGAAAUUCAUUUAUUUUCUCUAGUAUUCUGGAAGUAUUACAACAAUAAUCUUAUUUAAGAUUUAUUAAUGUGGUAUUUCCUUUUAAUUUGUUUAUCUACUUUGAAGCAAGUAACAUAAUAACCAUAUAACCUAUUUUAUAAUUCUUUAAGGUUGAUUCCAUUAUGGCACCAACAUUUGAUACAAUAUACAUAGAAUCUUAUGAAAAAUUAAAAUUUUAUGAAAUUAAUGCUGAUCUAUUAACUAACAUUUAAACUUAAAUAUUUCUCAUUAUUGUCUUAAUUAUCAUUUAUUAUUCUUGUGCCUUACUUAUAAUUAUAAUAGAUUCAAUCAAAGUAGAAUUAUUACUUUUGCUUGGUAAAUUUGGAUAUAAAUUACUGAUAUAAGUUAGAAGAGUGUGUUGGAUUUAUUAGAAAGAAUUUCGAAAGGAUGGGCUUAAGGCAUUUCUAAUAGCAAAUUGUUGGGAUCUUUUUUUUACUUGUUUUUUAUAAUUAAAAUCAUCAUAAUCAUAUACUACAUUCAGAUCCAUAAUUUGUUUAAUCUUCGCGUAUGUAAUAUUUUAUGGAUCUUUGUUAAUACUUAGAUAAUAUAUUUAUAAGAAUGAAUUAAUCAAACAAAAUUGUUUUAGUUAUUGGAUUUCAAAAAUCGAUUUAUUUUUCACCUUAAAAAAAUUAGUUUUCAUUUUCAUUUUAGUAUGCUUUCAAAAAAAUGAGUAAAUUCAAACAAUCUUAUUAACAUUUGUAUGUAAUUUAUAUCUCAUUUAUGUAAUCAAAUUCAAACCAGUCAUAAAACAAUAGGACUAUUGUAAUUUACUUAUGAUGGAAGGAAGUGCCUUUAUUUUUACAUUAACCUCUGCUAUGUAUUGGAGUAAGAUGUCAAAUUUAUUUACUUAUGAUUAGCAGGUGUUAUUGGGUUGGGCGCAUAUUUUAUUAUUGCUAUCGGUGUUAAUCAUCAAUCUUCUUCUAUAAAUAAUUACUCUAUUUUAGUAAUUAAAAAUGUACGUAAAAAAAAAAUUAUGGAAAACAGAUUAAAAACCUUUUAUAAACUCCAACCCUUACCCAUUGACUAAUCUGAUGGAAUUUAAAAUGUGA